AUUGCAUGUCAGGCACUGGCUACAUAUUUCAAUUUCCCGAAUUCCUCUCUCUAAUUUCAUUCUGCCACCCUAGUCAUGAAAAGUAAGAAGAAGAACAGUACUCUCGUUAUAUUUUUCCUCCUUUCGAUCUUCAUUUCCUCUCAAGAUGGCACAUUUAUCCGAUCGGCAGAGGGAAAGAGGCGGGCACACAUCCCUGACGAUCUUGACGACGUGAUCGACGACGAAGAGGACGAGGCGUGGAAGGAAUGGGGGAAGACAUCGAAGUCGAAGGAUUUUGACCCACCUCCCGAUCUCUCGGAAAUGGAUCCGGCAAAGAUCCAGGCCGAGAUGAUGAAGUGGAACACUGGGCCAUCCAUCGGGUUCGUCAAGCUCAAAUUGGGCGUUCGUCGGUCGCCGGAUGUUGUGUCAGAGAUUGCAAUGAAAUGGACUAAGGUUCUCAAGACUGGAGCUAUAGCGGCUAAGUUCAUGGCUGUUGAUACAAACACAAUCAUGUUCAACAUGGAGAAGGGACAAGACACUGAAGAGUUGAAAGACUUCAUCUUUAGCCAGCCAGAGUCAUAUGAAAUCAAGAUAGGUGAUUAUGUGUCACGAAGGCCUGGGGAUCCUCCUCUUGAGGAAGUCAUUGAUACGCUCCAUCAGCAGGAAAAUGAAGCUGAGGGCCUUGAUUCCAUGAAAGAGCCAGAGCAUCCAAAGGAUGAGUUCUAGAGUUCUGAUUUUAUUUUAUUUUUUUGUUUUCUCGGUGUAAAUCGUCUUACAGUACACACGUGAUCGUGUAUUUAUUAUUCUCUGGUUGUUUCUGUAUGAAGAUUUGAUUUAUUAUUCUCUGGUUGUUUCUGUGUGAAGAUUUGAUUUUCUCUUCA